GCGAAUAUACCGUCCAGUAAAACCUAGGUGAGGCUGUGCUCCGCCGUCAGCCCCGGCGAGGGGGGCCUUGGAUUCGCGUCUCGCCAUCAGUUUCCAAUCCAUUCCUCGAGGUAGUAGCAGCAGAAAUCUAGAAAUCUAGGCAGUAGAAUCAGGGAAAGGGGAGAGAUAUGGCGCAGGAAACCUCGCCGCCUCGCUCGCCCUUCGCGUCGACGGCUCUCUACGUGGGAGACUUGGAUCCCAGUGUCAACGAAGCUCAGAUCUUCGACAUUUUCAAGCAAAUCGGGAAUGUCAUGUCUGUGAGGCUGUGCCGCGACAUGGUUACCAAGCGCUCUCUGGGAUAUGCCUAUGUCAAUUACAACAACACCCAAGACGCUUCUCGAGCGAUAGAGGAGCUGAAUUUCAUGCCGGUCAAUGGGAAGCCUGUGAGGAUAAUGUUCUCAUAUCGUGAUCCCAGUAUUCGCAAAAGUGGCUCCGGGAACUUGUUCGUCAAGAAUUUGGAUAAGAGCAUCGACAACAAGGCUCUCCAUGAUCUGUUUUCACCUUACGGCAAGAUUCUCUCGUGCAAGAUCGCCCUCGAUGUAUCCAACGUCUCCAAAGGUCAUGGGUUCGUCCAGUUUGACACCGAAGACGCCGCUCACACGGCGAUUGAGAAGAUCAAUGGUACAACUUUACACGACAAGCAGCUCUUUGUGGGACCUUUUGUUCGUCGACAGGAAAGAGACCCCCCGGCUUCCAAGUUCAACAACGUUUUCGUGAAGAACCUGUCCGAGAUCACUACCGACGAGGACCUCCAGAAGCUUUUCGGGGUCUUUGGUCCCAUUAGUAGUGCGGUGGUGAUGAAGGAGGUGGAUGGCAAGUCAAAGUGUUUCGGCUUUGUCAACUUUGAGAACCCCGAGGACGCUGUUAAGGCUGUGGAAGAUCUGCACGGGACAACCUUCCAGGACAAGGAGCUGUACGUUAGCCGUGCACAGAAGAAGAACGAGAGGGAGGCGGAGCUGAAAGCCAAGUUCGAGCACGAGCGGAAAGACACCGAGGACAAGUCACCGACGAAUUUGUAUCUCAAGAACUUGGACGACGGCAUAGACGAUGAGAAGCUCAAAGACAUGUUCUCGGCGUUUGGAAACGUGACUUCGUGCAAGGUAAUGAGGGACCCUCUCGGCCACAGCAAAGGCUCCGGGUUCGUUGCCUUCAGUACCUCCGACGCGGCACUCCGAGCAGUGGCUCAAAUGAACGGGAAGAUGAUUGGAAGCAAGCCUCUUUACGUUGCCAUGGCACAGAAGAAAGAAGAGAGGAAAGCCAAACUAGAGGCGCAGUUUGCCUCACGAGGCCCCGUCAACUUUCCUCCACCGCCGCUCUAUUCCGCAGUUGGACAACAGCUUCUUUACAGCCGGCCAGCACCAAUGGUUCCUCAACAGCCUGCAGGUUUUGCAAUGGUGAGGCCCAAUGUUGGACAGAUGCCCGGUUUCUUUCCUCCUCAAAGGCAGCAGGGUCACGCAAGGGUCCCGUUCCAGCAGUUUAUGCAACGGGAAAGCACCUUCCACGGUAGCAACUCUAGGACGCCUGCGUAUGGAAACAACUCGUUCUUGGCGGUCUUGGCGUCUCAUUUGGCAUCCGCGACGCCGGAGCAGCAACGCAUAAUGUUGGGCGAGCAGCUGUAUCCACUGGUUGACUGCAUAGAGCACAACCACGCCGGGAAGAUCACGGGCAUGCUCCUGGAGAUGGACCAAACCGAGGUACUUCACUUGCUCGAGUCUCCCGAAGCUCUCAAUCUCAAGGUUUCCGAGGCCAUGGAGGUGCUGAGAGACUCGCAACAGAGGCUCAUCCCGCCGGAUCUUGCAUCACUCUCGUUAGAUGAUCCGCUGAUGUCGUGAUCCCGGUUUCAUAAAUCAAAGUUUUGAUCGUUCGGCA